AUGGGCAAAAAGAAAGGCAACAAUGGACCAAGCCAAGAGCAUUUGCAAAUCUACCAACGCAUGAACUUUUUAUACCAAGCAUCGAACCUCAUGACAACAUUGGUGCAACCCGAAUCGCCAACAGCAAAGCACGGCUCCCUUGCACCACUCGGACGCUACUACAACAAUACAAUGAAACGUAUCAGUAAACGCCUCCUCUUGCGCUCUGAUCCAUCCAUCAAACGCACCAUUUGUAAACGAUGUGAUACAACCUUGAUACCCGCUUUGACAUCCACUGUUCGAAUGAAAGACCAUGCAUCCAUUAUCCAUUGCAAGACAUGUGGCACCGAAAAGAAGUUGUUAGCAGGCCCCCAAGUACUUUUUUCUCAACGACCAGAAAACAUUGUCGAAAAAGGAAGCAAAGAAGCAAUGUAA